AUGUACGCCAAACAGCUCAUCGUCGCCGCCCUGACGGCAACAGCCGCGGCCUUCCCCAUGAUGGCCAGCUUGGACUCGGGCGACUCCAUCGACCACACGAUCAUGGCCCGCCAGGCGCCCGCGGACCACCAGUACCAGGCCCCUGGCGCCAAUGACGUGCGCUCGCCCUGCCCCAUGCUCAACGCGCUGGCCAACCACGGCUACCUGCCCCGCAGCGGCCUCAACAUCGACAUGGCCACGCUCAAGCAGGGCUUCACUGACGGCGUGAACCUGGCGCCGGACGCGACCGAGUUCGCGGGCAACAAGGCGCUCACGGCGGGAGACGGCACCCGCUUCAACCUCGACGAGCUCAAGAAGCACCACAUCCUCGAGCACGACGGAUCCCUGUCCAGGCAGGACAUCGCCCUGGGCAACAACCUGGUCUUGAACCAGACCAUCUGGUCAAAGACCCUGCAGGACUUCCCAAACGACCAGAUCAGCCUAAGCGAUUCCGCCCGCGCCAGGAAGCACAGGCACGCCGAUGCAAAGGCCGCCAACUCGCAGUACGAUCUGCCCUUGAACGAGCAGCUUAUCAGCUUCAUCGAGUCUGCCCUGUACCAGAGCGUGUUUGGUCAGGGCACCGAUGGCGGCGCGCGUAAGGACUGGAUCAGGACUUUGUUUGAGCAGGAGCGUCUUCCUUUCGAGCAGGGCUGGUCGAGGGCCACUUCUCCCAUCAGCACCGCGACAGUUCUACUUGUUACCUCAAAGAUCGCUGCUCUGACCGUGGUCGUAUAA